GCUACACCAUUGGCUACACCGACCAACCCCAGGGAAGACGAACGCUUCUGCCGCCCUUUGUUCCUGAAACUUUGUCGUGGGCCCGUUGACCGUUUGCUAUCGUUUGUUGCGCGUUACCGCAGGUAUUGUGCUGUUUGUCAGCUUGUGCCAGCUUGCAGACUUCUCGACGUCAAGUUUACACCGCGCAUACGCGAACGUGCGCCUGCAUUCUUUGCGACAAGAACCCCGAUAGGACGAACGCGCAUCGUAGUUUCGUAAAAGCUCCGUCGUUGUCGAAAACUCGGCUGCCAUUUGAAAUCGACGCGUAGGAGCUAAGAGGGCAUACGGCAAUGGCAACUCCUUCGGACGCGACGUCGGCUCCAGGGACUGCGUACACGCUUGUGGGCUUCGGUGCUGCGUUGGACUGGAGGAAAACAUGGUUUGUGGAGCCGUUGCCGAACAGCGCAACGUGCUCGAUCUGUGCCAUCGCCUGCCCCGGUCUCUAUUUGCUGCCCUGCGUGCACUUGGCCUGCUGGCGUUGCUAUGACGGAUUGCGCAGGAUGGGACCGAUGUGUGCCCUGGAUCGAAACAAGUUUUCGCCGAGUGAGACGACCUGGAUCACGCUUUCUUUUGACAGUAUGAAGAAAAGGAAGAUUCAUUGCUGGAAUGCAUCGAAUGGUUGCAAGGCUGCUGGACCCAUGUGCCAGAUUCUCAGGCACUUCCGCUCACAGUGCGGUUACCAUUCUGUCUCCUGUCCUGGGUGUGGGCUGGCCAUGGCACACAUGAGUGUCACCGACCAUCUGAAGCUCCACUGUAGUCGUGGGAGCUUACAGCAUAAUCACAGCAUUGUCCCGAGACAGCGCCCAGUCUGUCCAGAGACUGUAAACGAAGUGUCACAACAGAACACUGCAGCAAGUGUACCGGAUGCUGCCCAAACUGUGAAUGGCCUGCAAGAUGUUCGAGACUCGGAGAAUGUGAAUUCAAGCACAUCUUUGCCAGUCGAGGGGCCCAGUCCAGCAACUGAGCACCCUAUCGGCUCCUGUGAAUAUACAUUUCCUGCAAAUCUACAGCCUACGAAGCAAGUUCCAGUUCAGCUCCCACAGGCAGAAUACGUUCCUGAACGGACAUCAACAUUGUCAAACGUAGACGAAAAAAACGGUGGGUGUGCCGUUCAAUUGAAUGGGUUGCCACAAAAAAGGGCCCGUCCACGGCAAUUCUGCUCAGCCAAGUCAUGUCGUAGAAAGCGAACCCGAAAUUUGCCAGAUUCAACACGACAGCUGAGAGCACGGGAACAAAAAUGAAACCGCAAAAACCUACACUUUUGUGAGCAUAUUCGCUUCUGCAGUAUUACCUGCAGAAGUGCAAAUACUCAGAACGGCCUAGUUUUUUUUGCCAAGCGAUGUGCCCGUAAUGCAAAGUACAUCCUUGAAAGCUUUAUGUUGCUCUGAAGUUGGGGUGCCAGCAUUGCCUCUGCUGAAUAUUCAUAGAAUGGUUUUAUUUGAGUCUUGAUCUCCUACAUGUUGAAUCAAACACUUGCAUCUCGAUUUUCAGUUUCAUAGGAGUGUGCUUCAGCUAGAAAAUUGAUGUAUAGUUCGCACGAUAGCUCUGAAGGAAAUGUAUAUUUGAAACAUGACAUACCUUUUCUGUCCUAAAUUUACAGUAGUAUGAGAUCAAAAUUUAUGUACCAUUCGUUUAUUACCAUAACUUUACUAGGUACCUCUUCACUAUUGGCUUCAGGUGACAUGCACUUUCAAAUUGGAAUCACGCAGUACUAAAAAGAACAUUUUAUUGGUACCUUUCAGGGCCACCACUUUUAAGAAACACAUGCAAAGUUUUCACUGAUAUAUAUUUGCUGUUUGAGUUAACAUUUAAUUUUAUUUUCCAACAGCACAGAAAGGGUCAGUGCAACAGCAAUUCAUUUCAUUGCAGAUAUUUGGUAGACUCAAGACAAACAUUGUUAUGCUUUAGGUAGCAACCAACUUCAAUUGUGGCAUGGAAAUGUUUAAUAUUAAAGUAUGGUAUUAAAUUCUAUAAAAUAAUUUUAAUGCCAUGUAUUAGAAAAUUUGGUUGCUUGGGCAGAGAACAUUUUGACAGCAGUAAAUACAUUAUCCUAAGUAUUCUGAAGCAGUCGUCACAAAGACACAUGGUACAACCAUGUAUAGCUCACAGUCCUUUCUGCUGGAGCACAUGGUAUUCUAACGUGGGGUAUUAUGCUUAUUGCCUCACUGCCCACAACUCAAGUUUGGUGUAUAAUCUUCAAGUGAUGUGAAAUAUUUUCUUCAUAAUAUUUGGUGUAAAAUGAAUUGUUCAGUUUGGUAUUUUUUUGCAGGUACUUAAAGUGCUUAUUUAAUAAAUUGCGUGAUGUUUAUUUAGCAGUGAAAGUUUUCACUUCUGUUUUGAAUGUGUGAUUACAAGUUAGAUUCUUCAGUAAAAGGGCUCUCGCAGAAAUGAUCGUUAAUUGCAGUAAGAGACAAGCCUAUUAUAUCUCUCAUAAUAAUGUAUACCUUGUUCAUGCAUAGCUCUGUAUGAUGUGUCUGCCUAAAUUGAAAUUUUUCUGUUUAUGUAAUGUGUAUCUAACAUGCUUUCCGGCACAUAGUUACAAAUUCCUUUAGUAUCUUUGUAUUGGGCUCAUUGACAGAUGGUUUUGAUGUCUGAGGUCAUCUCAAUUUUAUCACGUUGCCAAAUUAUCACUAGUAGGCAAAAAGAAGCCGGGCAUUUUUUUUCUUUAUUACUUAUGUGCAUUUAUUUUCUACAAAGCUUAUGUCCAUAAGGCGUGAUGGAAAAGUGACCACUUGUUUUAUGCUGCUGCUCAUAUGCUGUGUCAGAAAGAUCUGCGUCACUUUUUUUUUUCUUUACACUUGUGAGCACUGCGCACAAAGCUUGUAUGCAGUAACACUGGUAUUAGUAAUUGGGCUUUAAAGCUUCGGAAAGCCCCUGUAAGUGAUUUUGUUUUAAAUUAGGUGUUGAAUGCAAGGCGUUGAGCUUUGCAAUCCUUUUUUUAUGUUUGUUUGGUUUUUGGUUGGUGUGCAGAUUUCUGUGCUGUAAACUUGUUUUUCUUCAUCCACAUAUAGCAGCAGUGAAUUGAUUUAAGGACUAAAUGCUCUACGCUGUUUUUGGACAUACACAGCUUGCCAGUUAUCUGUCUGAGAACUAGCCAGUUGCCAACAUUUUCGCAUAUAUUUGGACUAAGUACCAACUGCCAAGAUGGCAUAUAAUGCGUAGUAUCCAGUAUUGUAUACAUUUGAUGUUUGCAGAUAAAUUUUUUUGUCAUA